UAGCCAAAAGUACAACUUUUUAUCCACACAAAAUUAGUACAACAAGUACAAAUUAGUACAACGAGUACGAUGAAAACACGUAAUCAAAUCUAGAUUCCAAACAUAUAUGUUUUACUCUAGGUUCAUGAACCUUGAGUUGGCAUUGACACAUUUUCUCUAGAAUGUUCUUACCUUUCUUUAUAUAUAUCAAAUCAAAUCUUGCUGAAAAAUAAAAGCGCAAAUCAAAAUCUAGUUUUUUUCCAAUCGUUUCUCGCUUCCGUAGAGUUUUUUUUUAUGGUAUCAAAGUCAUGGAUUGUUCUUUUGAUCCUGUUUUUGCUUAAACAAUAAGCAUUUCUUAGUAAAAACUUAGAUUUUUUUUUUUGAAGGAUUGUUAUUCUCUUGCAUUUGUUUCUCUUAACUAAUUUAGAUUUUUGACAGACCAUCAGCUAAAAACAAAAUCUGCGCUUUAAAGUAUUCAAUCUCAAUAGUUAAUGUUUUUUUUUGUUGGUAAGAUUUGAUCUAUGCAAACCACUUCUUGGGUUAAGAAGAUCCUCGAAUAGUAUUGCAUUUAACUGAAGGAUUUUACUAGCAACAAUAAUUGAUAAAGUAAAAAGUUUUCGAAAUUGAGGGGCCAUGAAUAAGGACAUGAUCAGUCACCUGCCUGAAGAUCUGAUUCGUAAAAUAUUAUCCUUUCUUCCCACAAAAACCGCUAUAGCCACAAGUCUUUUGUCUAAACAAUGGCGGUCUCAUUGGAUGUCGGCACCAAAACUGAGGUUCGAUUCUGAGGAUUAUGAAAAUGAACACGACGAAAAUUUUUCAAAGAUUGUGUCCGAGUCCUUCCUAUCACAUAAGGCUCCGGUUCUAGAGAGUUUUCACCUCAGGUUUGGAUUAGAUAAAGUUGAUCCUAUAGAUGUUGGAUUCUGGAUUGGAAUUGCUUUUGCUAGACAGUUGCGUAAACUGGUACUCGAUUUUCUCGAGCUACAAGAGAGCUUCAUAUUUCCAAGUAGCUUGUGUACUUGUAAAACACUUGAGACUUUGAAGCUCAGGAAUCAGAUUCUUCUUGAUAUCUCUUCACCAGCUUCUAUGAAGUCUCUUAAAAAGCUGCAUCUUAGUUAUGUGUUUUACAAAGACGAUGAAACUAUCAAUAACCUUUUAUCUGGUUGCCCUAGUCUUGAAGAAUUGAUUGUGGAUCGAAGUGACGAACAUACUGUUGAGUUUUUCACUAUUAACGUCCCUUCUUUGCUGAGAUUAACCAUUUAUGAUGACAAUAGUGAAAAAGAGUUUCUCGGAUAUUUGAUAGAGGCUCCUUCUCUGAAAUACUUAGAGAUUGAUGAGUUAAGAUGCAAGUUGUUUCUUCUAGAAGCGCCGGAGCUGGUGGAGGCAAACAUCUAUGGAGUUCCUGCAAUAAUCAGUAGCGAAUUUCAUGUAUCUCUCACUUCAGUCAAACGUCUUGUCUUGGAUGUAUCACCCUUGAAGACUAUAUACCCUCCUAUUGGAGAUAUCUUCAAUCAACUGGUGUAUCUAGAGAUGUAUACACGUGAAGCAUUGUGGUGGGAUCUACUUCGUAGGAUGCUCGAACAUUCUCCUAAACUACAAGUCUUGAAGCUCGUUGAUGAAUAUAGGAUUAAUCCUGACUAUCGUGUGUGCGGCAGGGAAUGGAAAAAGCCAAAGUAUCUACCUAAAUGUUUGUUGUCACAUCUCGAGACAUUUGUGUGGACAAGAUAUGAUGCGAGAAGAGAAAAUGAAGAAGAAGUGGCUACGUAUAUCCUAAAGAACGCAAAACAGUUGAAGAGUGCAAAUUUCUCCGCAAAUCCCAUUAAACCGAAAGAGCUGAGGAAGUUGGCUGAGAGACGUGAGAUGUUCAGAAAAUUGGAUGGUGUGGUCAAGGCUUCAACUUCGUGCCACCUUGUGUUCAAAUAGGGAUGAUUUUAUUAUGUAGUAGACUCUAUUUAGGUAGAGGACGAAGCCGCUACAAUCCUUUACUAAUUAUUAGUGAUUUCAUCAACUCUCCAAAACAAAAAUUCAGUUUUAAGCAUUAUGUUUCUAUCUUUUUUCUCCAAUGAUUUGUGUAUGACAAAGGCUUACUUUAGUAGUCGGUAUGAGUGAAUAAUCGCCAUUGCUGUCGUGCGCAAGGCUAUUUCAGAAGAUGAAAUUAAUGAAGAUGGUUUCUUUUUCUAUGUAUCAA